AUGAUCUGGAACUCAAAAAAUGACUUCAUCUUCAAUCACAAAGCUCAUAGUGCCUGUAAUAUCCAUCUCUCUGCUCUGAGAUAUGUUCACGAAUAUCUCCAAACUGGCCAGAUUUCAUCCUUGGCUAAUGGCCAAAAGUGCUGGAGUAACAGCGGCUCAGUGAGCCCAUCACCUCGAUCUCCAUUAGUGAUUUCUUGGAUACCCCUUCCCUGUGACCACGUUAAGGUGAAUUUUGAUGCUUCUUGGUCCGUUGGUGAAGCAGGACUUGGAUAUAUUAUCAAAGACCAUCAGGGGAUGAUUGUGUUUGCAGAAACAAUCAGAAUGGCGGCCCGCUCUAUUCCAGAAGCAAAGCUCCUGGCAGCGUGGAAUGCUCUCAUGAUCGCCAUCUAUCGAUUGGGCCUCAUCAGGAUUUGGUUGGAAGGUGCCUCAUACACAGUU